AUCUCUGAGCAACGUGUCAGACAUGGCUGCGAGGUACUCAGGCGAAAAAGAUUUGGUAGAAACAGGAUGACAGACAUCGCUGGACUGAAGCAAUAGUUUUAUCUUGGCAAAUGUGGAAGAGCAUUGCACUCGGUCUUAGCUUUUGCCUUUUCUACUUGGUGUCGUGCUUCACAAACAAGUAUGUCCUGUCUGUCUUGAAAUUCACAUAUCCCACUCUGUUUCAAGGGUGGCAGACCUUUGUUGGUGGCCUGCUGCUCCUGCUCUCCAGGAAGCUGGGAUGGGUGGAGAUCAGCAGCUUUUCAUGGUCUGCAGCUUUCGCCUGGCUCCCUGGCUCCGUGCUCUUUGUUGGCAAUAUCUACGCAGGGUCCAGAGCCUUGUCCCGGCUGCCAAUCCCCGUCUUUUUCACACUUCAUAAUGCCUCAGAGGUUGUCAUCUGCAUCGUUCGGAAGCUAACUCAGAGGGAGCGUUCAUCUUGGACAAAAACAGUCAGUUUAUUACUCCUGCUAAUAGCUGCUGCAUGCCUCCCUCUCCAUGACACCCAGUUUGAUCCAGGUGGUUAUUUCUGGGCACUGAUCCAUUUCUCUUGUGUGGGAGGGUACAAAGUGUUCCAGAAGCUUCCGAAAUCCAGUUUAUUAAGUGACCUUGAACAGCAGUACAUCAACUAUAUUUUCAGUGUGCUGCUGUUAGCCUGUGCUGCUCAUCCCACAGGUGAUUUGCUGUCUGCCUUGGAGUUCCCGUUUCUUCAGUCUUACAAGUUUCACAGUGGCUGUUGCGCAAGCGCGCUUUUGGGAUUUUUUCUGCUGCUCGUCACAGUGAGGCUGAAAAGCCACCUGUCCUUGGAGCACUGUGGGACCUGGGUGUUCCUGGCGAAGGUCCUGGCAGCUAGCUUGUCCCCAUUUGUCUUUGACAUUGUUGUCAACAUACCAACAGUCUGUUGCUUCCUGCUAAGUGGCCUUGGUGAAGCCCUGCUUGUGUAUUCAGAGCGCAGCGCCUCCAUGAGAUGACGGCGAGACGGGGCAGGACGAAGUCCACCAGGAGGCUUUCUGCCAGGCUGUCCUGAAGCAGUUCGUCCUGUGAAGGGGAUACUGAUUCAAGGCAGGAAGGACUGUUGUGGGCUGGAUCUCUUCUUUCCGUUCUGAAUCUCCGUGAAGGAAAAAGAGACACAGUGAAUAUAAGAAAUGUAAUUUAUACAUUCAAAAGAUAACUUAUAAGACUGUUUAUAGUGUAAUUCUGCUUAGACGCGUUAUCUUUCAACCAAUCGCUAUUUAAUCCGUUUUAUAUUUUUUGUUAAAGAUGAACUCAGACAGGACAGGAAGUCCAACCUUGGAUAGGAAGUGGAUGUCUUGUAACUCUCUCACAGAGGCAUAGCUGAUCCUGGGUAGCUGCCAUGGGUCUGAGCCAUCACAGCAUCAAUACAGUGAUCUGGCCAAGAUCUUCUGGGGCACACUUCAGGAGGUAUACAUACAGCUGUGUGGCGAAAUAAAGCGUCUGUUAAGCCCAGACAGACACCAGAUAAGUCAGUCUUGUGCCUGAUCCCGGGAUGAGACUGAGGUGGCUGGCAGGGGAGCUUGAUUGGCGGCCCUUUUCAAGGCGAGUUUUUCAAAGCCAAGAGCUGUGCUAUGAGACAAAAAUAGCAUCUGAUCGACCUUUUAUUCAUCACCUUCCAUUGAGUUGUAAGGGAGUGUUGUAUCCCAGUUCACUGCCUGCGAGCAAGCCAUGCGGCGUGCUCAGGGGAGAGAGGAGAAGAGGGUACGAGGGAGAGUGGCCAGACUCCUUGUCCUGUCGCCUCUCGCACAGCGCAGGCUGCCCCCCAGCGUGGAGUCUGGCCACAGGAAGCUUUGCGCUGCUCUCACCCCCAGGACUGGUGGGGAAGGACUCGGGUUUCCACAAACAAUAGCUGCGGGCCGGGAGGAAGAAGCCUGCCAGCCACUCGCCCGUCAGUGGAGCAGGAAGCCUGUUGCAGACCAGACUGCUGUGUUCCUACGGCUCCUGCCAGCCUGUCUGGACAGCUGAGGGUGGGUCUGUUCCCAGGCUGAGGGGCUUCAGAUGCCCUAGAAUCCUAGGCGGACAUCCUUCACCGUGCUGAGUGCCUCACUGCCUGUCACCCUUCAUUAUUUAUUGCUGUUCCUUUCUUCCCUUGGUGUAUGCGGGACAGGUUUAGAUACUCAGUUUCAUACCAUAUCCUUACAAUUUAAUCUCAAAUGAAGCACUUUAUCCUCUCACACACACAUUGAAAGGAAACUGUAACGUUUCCAUUCAAUCCACAGCACAAAAAACAGUGCUCCGGUAAGUAACCAAAAACAGAGUGGGUAUUGAUUAAGCUGACCUUAGGAAGUGUUUUCUAUAACCCAUGCUUACUGUAAUUGAGUCACAACCAAUACUGUAUCUGGGGGAUUUAUCUUUAAACCCCUUUCACAUUGGAGUUAAAAACUCAUUAUAUCAGGCUUCAAAUAUCCAUUGAUAUGGAGGUAAUAUACAUGAGACUUUUUGUAGAAGGUUAAGAGCAGAUAAGUGAGUCUGCUUGGUUCAACCUUGUAUCAAACAGUGUAUCUGUGAUCUUUCUCUUGAUAAUAUCCAGAGUGAAAGGGGCUAGUUGAAUUGGGACAUUGGAGUGCUCCCAGCUUUUUCUUAACCAAAUAAAAUUAAGUGUCAGUAUCUCAGUCUUUGGGUUCUGGAUUUUUAUAUACUGUAGCUUCCUAAUCAGGGACCAACUUAACUGUGAAUGUGGCACAACGGUUUUUUACAUAGGCUGCAAAGGUCUGUUCUACAUUUCUCUUUGUAUUAAUUCAGUAGGAAAUCUGACUGUGCUGUAAAUUUUAAAACAUUCGAUUUUAAGGUGGGAGUGGGGGAAACUGAGCUAUAAAAUGAAUUACCUGAAAUUCCUGUCUCAAAAUGGCAUUGUAUGUAGUACAAAGCAAAAUAAAAUAUUUCUACCUUUCUAUUAAAA